AUGCCCAAUAUUCUCAUCUUAGGCGCCACUCGAGGACUGGGUGCCUCACUACGGACACUAUACUCCACCAAACCCAAUAACCAUGUUUUCGCAACAUCAAGAUCAUCGACUCCAGAGACAAGCCCAGGAGUCACAUGGUUGACCGGAAUCGAUGUCUCCCAGCCAGAUGUAGGACAGAAGCUAGUUUCACAGCUUCCAUCUACGAAAAUCUCAACAGCAAUCAUCACUGCCGGAUACUUUGGGUUUGAGACAUUUGAUUCCCCAGACUGGGAGAAGCAAGUUCAGAUGUACACGACAUCAGCCAUUGGUCCCGUCUUCGUGGUGCAAAACCUAGUCAAAGCGGGCUUGUUGGAUCAAAACAGUAAAGUCAUUCUCGUCAGCAGUGAGGGCGGCAGCAUCACGUUGCGCCAUGAGAAGGAAGGCGGCGGUAAUUUUGGUCACCACGCCAGUAAGGCUGCUCUGAAUAUGGUAGGAAAACUAUUGAGCUUGGAUCUGAAGCCGAAGGGUAUUGCGGUUGGGCUGGUGCAUCCGGGAUUCAUGCGAACUGAGAUGACGAAGAGCGUUGGCUUUGAUAAGUACUGGGAUGCUGGUGGAGCUGUCACGCCAGACCAAGCAGCGGAGACGCUCGCUUCCUUCAUUGAUGGAUUUGAUAUCAGCAAGACCGGAGAAUUUUGGGCACCAGCAGGGCCAAGAGAUAUCGGCACGGCAGAAGAUGUUCUCGGGAAGAACUUAUCGACUCCUUUGCAACUUCCAUGGUAG